GCGACGUUGUAGGAAUUGAUCAACGACGGCAAUUGUGUGUGUAGAUUGGAAUCUUCCUGAAAGAUGAAACGAAAGUCAGAAAAUUUAGACGUAAGCACAAAGAGCAAAAAAGUAAAACUAGACUCUGAUGAGUUUGAGAAGAGACUGCCCUUUUUACAACCUUUUGCUCAACCGUUGGCAGGAAAGAAACUUACCAAAAGACUUUUCAAGUUGAUGGACCGUGCUUCUGAAAUGAAGCUAUUGAGAAGGGGGGUGAAAGAAGUUGUCAAGUCGUUGAGGAAAGGUGAAAAGGGCAUAUGUGUGCUAGCUGGAGACGUAACUCCAUUCGACGUCAUUAGUCAUAUUCCAGUGUUUUGUGAGGAGAAUGAAGUUCUUUAUUGUUAUGUGAUAGAUAAAGCCUCUUUGGGUCUAGCAAGCAAGACAAAAAGGCCGACCAGCGUUGUUUUCAUCCCAGAGGGAGUAAAGCAAUCCGCAGAAAAGGAGUACAAAAAGUGUGAAAAGGAAAUCAUCAGCUUGGUUCCCGUGAAGACAACGUGAAACUGUUGGAAGACUGAAUCU